AUGUCAUUUGCAAAAGGCAAAGAAUACCUGAAGCACAUCACAGAGCAACACAAGGAGAAGGGCCACAGCUGUUCCAUAUGUAACCGUCACUUUGCACUGAAGGCCACAUACAACGCUCAUCUGGUCAUCCACAGAGAGCAGCUGCCCGACCCUGCAGUGCAGAAGUACAUCCAUCCAUGUGAAAUCUGUGGACGAAUCUUU